AUGAACAAAGUUGGCUCGCUCCUUUUGCUCUACACGGCGCUUGAGCACAUCAGCCUUGCCAGUAGUGCAGCUGUUGGGCAGCAUAACAAGGAGAUCGACCCAGGCCUCAGCACUCGCACGACAAGAUUCAUGCGAAAAGCUCGUGCCAGAAAUCAGACGGCAAUUGAUACCGAAGGGGACCGUAUGAUUGCUCUCGUGGGUUCUGAUCGGUAUCAUUAUCAUUCUCCGGAGGUGGCCUAUCCGGAUCAGGGUGGUGAGCUUGACCUGGGAAUUACGCUGCAUGGAGGGAAGCGAGAUGAUCUCUAUGACGAAGGUCACGAUGAAUCAUUGCAUGACGAGGGGUUACUGACUGAUCUCGAUGGUUCCGGUUCAGAUGAUGUGCCCGACACAAAUGCUUCACUAUUCGGGGAGGACGGUGACCUCCCGCCUGACAUCUACGAUGAUUUCGAGCUACCUCCGUUCCCCAAUCAAAGCUUCGUGGAGGACAACGUUACCAAUGACGAAACUUCGGGGCUUAGUUGUGGGUCCAUCCAGCGUUUGGUUGGGAACACGAACCACAAAAUAAUUCCCGAUAGCAGCAUCGUAGCUUCGAGUUAUUGGCAUAACAGGGGCGACCAUGGCCGUGGACAGAUGUGGCGCACCCGCCUAAAUAACCAUGGAACGACUUGGUGUGCCCACCACAAUCACAGGAAUCAGUGGGUCCAAUGGGACUUCGGAACAGAUAAGAUUGUCACGAAGUCCUUGAAUAUGGGAAGGCAUAAUCACCCCCAGUGGGUCAGAACGUACAAGAUUCUGUAUAGGUCGAGCAAACAUAAUUGGAAGUGGUAUCCGCACACUUUGCACGGUGGCCAUUGGCGCUGGUGCAGGGUAAACAACUUGCGUCCAGUACUUGCGCGUUGGAUCAGGAUCUACGUGCAGUCGUGGCAUAGGCACAUCAGCAUGAGGGCUGACUGGGAAGGCUGCAGCCCGCAGAGCGUUGGUCCAAGGGGUUCCCGUGGGUCUCCGGGCCCCAGAGGAUCACCGGGCCAUAAAGGACGUCGAGGACCUCCAGGACAUCGCGGUGCAAGUGCUCGAGGUGCUACGGGCACUCGCGGUGCCAUUGGGAACAAAGGAGCCACUGGGCCUCCAGGCUCUCGUGGUGCUGCUGGUGCCCAAGGCCCCCCCGGAGCCCGCGGUGCCGCGGGUGCUCGCGGUGCUCCUGGCAGCCCCGGAGGCGUUGGCGCCAGAGGCGCAACGGGCGCCAAAGGAGCGGCGGGGGCCACGGGAGCUGCCGGCACCAAGGGCGCGACGGGCCCGCCGGGACCCAAAGGGAGCACGGGGGCCACCGGCGCCAAAGGGGCCACGGGUGAUCGCGGUAUCCCUGGGCCUGCGGGGGCCGCCGGAGCCAAGGGGGCCGACGGAGCCAAGGGGGCCACCGGACCCAGAGGGGCGACCGGAGCCAGAGGAGCGCCAGGAGACAAGGGGCCGACUGGGAAGACAGGAAAAAUGGGAGCCAUGGGGAUCCCUGGAGACAGAGGGCAGGCGGGGAGCACCGGGCGCAGAGGAGACAAGGGAGAGAAGGGAGACUCCCCCGAGAAGAUCGAUUGUGUCUGGUCUGCGUGGUCAGAGUAUACCGGGUGCACUAAGUCUUGCGGGGCACGAGACGAUCCUGGCAUUCAGGUCCGAUACCGCAGUUUCAAUGUCACUCCUCAGAAUGGCGGAAAAGAUUGCGAUGGCGGUUUCACGGAGACGAAGAAGUGCGAUUUUAACCCGUGCCCCACGACCACAACCACCAGCACAUCCACGACCACGACCAUCACCACGACAAGCACCACGACAACGACCACGACAUCGACGACGACAACAACUACGACCACCACCACCACGACCACGACGACCACCACUACUACCACCAGCACUACUACGACGUCGACCACGACGACUACCACGACGUCGACGACUAAUACGACCACCACGACUUCUACAUCCACGACGUCGACCACUACCACCACCCUGGAGCCUGGGUGGUACUACGGGCGAGCGACGAAUGAGACAGUGACCGAGCUGACAGAGCUCGCCGUGGCGGGGGCUACCCGGAUCCAGGUCGCCAGCGCGUCGGGCCUGAGCGCGGGGGACGUGGUCCGCCUCAUCGGCCCCAGCGGCGACCCGAAGGAGGUGAACGUCGUCAGUUCCGUCGAGGCAGUCGGCGCCCUCCUCGUGGUGGAGGCCACCGGUGUCAUCGCGGCGGGCAGCAAGGCCCCUUCGGCGGUGGUGCUCACGACUGCACUGACGUACUCGUACCCGAAGGGCUCCACUGUCGUUAAAUUCGCCGAGCAAGAGAACAACGCCACUCUCAGCGCCGGCACCGCGUCAACGCUGGCUAAGGUUCCCAGCGGCAGCUCUGGCGUCGACAGUAUCAUCGAUGCCAGCAUCAGCGCCAGUACGAUCAGCCUACGGCGGCAGUUGCUGCGGCGGGAGAUUCAAGAGUCUCUGCUGGCCUGCAUUGGCGACCGCGCCUUCAGCACCACGGCGGCCGUCGACCUGGGCUGCGGCACGGGGCUGUGCGGGCAGCGGCUGCGGGCGCGCUGCUCCGGGAGGCUGCUAGGCUGUGACUUGUCGCAAGGCAUGCUUGAGGUGGCGGAGCAGAAGGUCGCGCUGCUGCGGCCCAGCAGCGAGGCGCUGAAGCGCAUGGCCGCGGAGGUGGGCUCCGAGUGCUGCGCCUGGCCGCCCCGCGGGGCGGACGGGGGCACCCACCAGAGCAUGCUGGAGGACUACCUGGUCCGCUUUUUCUCCACCUUUUUCGCCGGCAGCUGGACUGAGAUCCCCGCGGAGUUCACGCCAGUCAAGCUCUCCGAGGCCGCGCCCGCGCUCCCCACGGGCCUGGUGUUCCAGGCCCAGCAGCGGGGCGACUGGGAGCCCCCUGGCGGCGGCCUGCCGCCGCG